GCACUAUCGCGGCGGACGGGGCGCGCGCGGACGUACCGCUACAUUUUUAUAUCGUCUCGAGGAAAAACGCGCGAACUAAAUGUCACUUUGACAUUUCGAAAAAAAAAAAACUGUGUUUUUUUUUUCUUUAUACGCGCAACGAUUAAGUUUGCGAAUGUUUAUCGGAGGUCAGAAUGGGUAUCACGGGAUGUUUUCGUAACGUUUACAUUAGGAAGAAAUAUCACGAUAAGUAAUCAGGCGAGUGCAAAUGUCGCCGAUAUCGCGGACUGGUCUCGUAAGUUCAAUUGUAACGCAGUAACGGUGCGGAGACGUGUUAAGGGACGAGCAUUCGCGGAAUCCCACGGUUGAUUCAUACACCGGUUAUCGUGUUUUGCAGCGAACGGCAAAAUGUGUGAGGUCACAAGUUGGAUACCGCACGCCGUAGUGGAAACACUGCGCGACCGCUCCGCUCAGCCGGUAAUCGCGUGGCUGACGACAAUACGCGCUUCUAUAGAAGAAUACGACCCUCUCGUCGUCGUCAGACCUCCGUCCGUCAUAUCGGAGGACUCCGAGUCGGACUGUGCCUUCGACGAGAUACUCUCCCAACUAGGCAAGGAAAUAUUCAAGCUAGAUGAAUACCAAAGAAAUCUCGCGCCGUCAGAAAAAGAAGUUUCCCAAAGUAUCCUCAAUAUCUUCGACGAGUGCUUGCAAGGAAUAAACCAAACUAACUACGUCGAAACCGAAAUUAAAGUUAUUAGUGACCAAACAAAACAAGUGCCAAACGAAAACAGUGUGUCUGUAGACUGCAGUGCUUGUGAUUCGGCUCUAUCGGAUGUCUCGUUUAUGACAAGCACGCCAGCAACGAGUGCGAAGGUGACGGAUGAAAAACGCAAAUCUGCACCACCGGUACCGCCGCGAAAAGUAAGGAUGAGGACUCCGUCGCCCUCGUACGAUAACGUCGUGAUAAAAGACAACACGGAAUCGAUAAACCAAUCGGAUAGCGAUUCCGAGAGCACGUGCUGGAGCUACAAGGAGUGCAAUGUUGAUAAUGCCGACCCUGAAGCGGUAAAGGAAGCCUACGCGGCCGUAUGGUCCCACUCCAGCGGCUACCAUAACUCGGACGAGAUAUUGCGUCGCGUAUUGUCGCAGGCGCAGCAUAGGGCGACAAUAUCGAGUUUGUCUUUCGAUACGGCGAGCGAUUUUUCGCCUCAGCCGUUCUCUGUUUAUGCGUUACAAGAGGUGGGAGACAGGUGCGAGUCAGUCGGCGCUAUGACACCGGACAAGCCGUGCGACGAUGGCUACGAGCCGGUACGCGACGCUCUCACCGACGAGAAUAUUUACGAAGAAAUUGAAUACGGGUACAGUUAUACGGACGAAGGGUGCUCCUGUGGCGGCAGUGUUGAGGUCGAGAGUUGUUCGAUCAGUGCUAGUUCCGAGGGUGUAGGGAGGGAGAGUCCUCUGUACGCGAAUUUGAGGGAUCACGACGCGUAUGCCGUCCCACCAGAUGUGAUAUAUUGGAAGAAUCUGCUAUUGGAUCCGUUUUACAAUGACGACGAAGAGGAUGAGUGGAUCACCCCUGAAGAAUGCGAAGUCUACUCGAGGGAUAGGAGACCACCUCUCGUCAUCCCUCGCAUCACACAGUACCGGGCCCCGAGGAGAGAUCCUCGUCCACAUAUACCUUAUCCUGAGGAUACAUUGCAAGAUGUCCCUGCAAAGUCUUGGAAUUGGUCCCCGACGUCGGAGCGGAGUCGUCUCGACUUGGAGAGAAGCUUUAGCAAGGCGAACUGCGACAGUCCACCAUUAUGGGUGAACAAGCGACUUGGAGGUUCCACCGAGAACCUUCUAGCCGUGUCAAGGAGGCCCAACCACUUGCAUUUGGAAACCGGAUCCUCUGGAGACAGUCUUGACGUAGAAGUCAGGGAACGAGGAUUUCCGAAAAAGGAAAGAAAAUCCAGGUCAAUGGUGGCGUCGAAACAGAAACCUCGACCGCCUCUAACAUCGCCAAGACUGAUGAUGCACCCUGAGGCAACAGUGAUACACGAAGGGCCUGUGAAAAGGACAAAGUUCUCUGAAGGCGGUAAAAAGAGUAAGAAGAACUGGACCGAUUGUUACUUGACCGUAACACCGACUGCACUCGUCUUUUAUAAGGAUAAACGGACUUAUCUUGCUACGAAAUUGCCAAAGCCUUUGAACACUCCACCUAGUCCCACCGCUCCUCGACCGGAGCUGUUUCUCCCUCUCCUCAACGCUCACAUUGUCCAGUGUAUACAGAUGCACACCAGGAGAUUCAGUCGCUCACUGGUGCUCACGAUUGAACACGAUCAGUAUUUACUUCAAGAAGAAACGGAGGAGGGAGCAAAACAACUGCUGAAAUGUAUACAGACUGUUAUAUACAAACUUGGUCCUCCGGCGUUGGACGACAGACCGAGCCCUUACCAAAGCAGCAACACUGACCUCGAAAGCCUCGGCCGAACACCGCCAGUAUCGCGGCACGCCACCAGGGCCAAGCAGAAAGCUGGAGGCAGUAGCAAUGAGGACUUAAGUGAUUCGACCGAAGUUUCCAUUCGAAAGUCACGAGUCAAGACUAAGCUUAAGAAAUUCUUCGCGAAGCGGCCAACAAUGGAUGUACUCGUCGACAAAGGAAUAUAUAAAGAUGAGCCCGUAUUCGGCCGAAAGCUCGAGGAAGUAUGCCCAAUUAACAGCCCACGUGUACCGGACUUUGUACGAAAAUGUGUGGAAGAGAUAGAGAAAAAUGAAAAUAUGUGCACUGACGGACUGUACCGAGCAAGCGGGAACCUCAGCCAGGUGCAGAAAAUACGACUUGAGAUCGAUCAGAACAACGUAUCCGUUAUCACGAACAAUACAGACAUCCAUGUCCUCACCGGCUCCUUGAAGCUGUUCUUCAGGGAGCUGAAAGAACCCCUCAUCCCGUGCUCCAUGUUUGACAGAAUACUAGCAGCUUGUUCAAUAAAGCCGAGAGAAGCCAAAAUAAAGGAGUUCAGGGAUAUCGUGUCGUCUCUACAACCAUGCAACAGAGACACACUGAAGUUCCUACUGAAGCAUCUUUUGAAAGUUACACAAUACAGCGAACACAACAGGAUGCACACCGCGAACUUGGCAAUAGUGUUCGGCCCGACACUGCUGUGGGCGCCGGCGGAGCAGGCGCACAACAUCGCCAUCGACUGCAUACAGCAAAACAAUGUUGUCGAAAUUCUUCUCAACGAAUUCAAAGACAUAUUCCCGGAAGAGGCGAAAGAAAAAAAGAAUAAAGCGUGACUUUUAACCCUUCGUCGUUGAGCAUAGAUUUGAUCUUCACGAUUUUCUAGAUUCUAGAAAUAUCUAAAUUCGAUUCUAGCAAUACCUAGUUGGUAGAACGAAUUUCUUAUUAUUUUCGUGAAUCGUCAUGUAGUGCUAUCGUAUUGGUUUAUUAUCUGUGGCUAUUGACUAUAGCUAAUCUAUGGCGAAUUAUAAUAAUUAUUAAGAUUUUAUGAAUGAUAUAUUAAAUUCAAUUCAAUGCAGUUUAUACAAAAUUUAAAACCAAUUCAUUUAAGUCACAAAAUUUAUAAAAAAAAAAAAAUAUUUAGAAAAUGUUAAUUAUUAUAACGCUGUUUAUUUUUUGUGUAAAAUGCAUUCGAAGUGAUUACGAGAGAGUGGUAUUUAAUCAAACGUUAGCAAGAUCUAUUUAGAAGAAAUAUAUUUAAAAAAAAAAAAACAUGAUUAAAUUUCAAUAUUAAUUAUUUUAGAUAGUAAAAUAUCGUCCAGAAAUUUAGAUUCGUGAGCGUUGUGAUGUUAAAGCAAUAUUGUAUAUGGAAAGACUGUAUGAGGCUCUAGCGGCAAUAUAUUUAAUAAUAAAAUUUAUAGACGAAUAAAUAUAUUUACGCUUAGUUAUUAAUUUACGUGUGAAGAGUAAUCCUUGUUUAUGUAACACCGUUGUUUUGGGGCCAAAUGUAUAUAAUCCAGUCCUACAUAAGUACACCGCGUUUCAAUAGAAUUUGCACCAAAAAAAUAUUUCAAUUUGUGUUUAAUUUAUUUAUUUAGUAUUGGCACUAAAUCUCUAUGUAAUUUAGUCUAUUCAUUCAUUUUUCAUAAUUUUUUUUUGUUUUCUGGCAACACUUUAAAUUUAUAAUCUUUAGUAAAGAUAUAAUAUUAUUACCUUUGUGAAAAUUCUAUUGAAAUGAUAAGGCUUAAAGCCAAUAUCUUGUGCCUUAAGCAAGAUCUUGUAAAUAUUCAUCAUAGAUGAUCAUUUUAUGUGAUAAUAUAAUUGUUCUAGUUCUUUUUCUUUUAUUUAAAAGUUGCUUGCAACCAUCUAGUCCUGUUUUUAUUCUGUGGACAUUCAUUUGGUAACGCGUUUAUUUAGGACUUCUUUAUAAAUUGUAUGAAAACACCAUAAUUAACGCAAUGUAAGCUAGGAACCAAAGUUUUGUAUUUCGGCUGAUAGUUAUUAACUAUAUAUGUAUAGUUAUCGUAUAUUAUUGAGUAAUAUUUUAACGCAAAUAAUGCUUGGAGGAUAGUGGAAAAUGACAUGAAAUAAAAAUUACUUAUUCAA